AAGGCGGUUUCCGGCGCGCGUCGGUGGGCGAAUUUUUAGAGUUUGAGCUUUCCUUCGGCGUACGCCUACAGCCCAGUCCAGCCCAAUUUAGUUGUCAGGCUUCUUGGCGGGCUGUCUUUGUUUAUGGGCUAAUUGGGCCUAUUUCUUUGCUCUGAAAGCCACUCCACGACUUGUUAGGCUACGUAUUCGGUAAUCUGCCCACGUCAACAUCCCAGUGAGACGACAACGACGUCGUCGUCUUCAAGCAGGCAGCUAGCCUAAACCCAUCUCCAUCUGCAAGUAGGCUUAUGUAACAGUGCGUUGAUCAUGCAAGCCUUCCGUCGAUCGCCUAGCCGCCUAAAUCGCCGUGUUCUGAAAGUCAAUUCUCUCCGACUCAACGAAAAUACUAACAACAUGCACCUGGCCGCGUUGACCGUUCGAAAUGUAUAUAUUCCCUCGUUCACGAAAUACUUUUCAUUGUGGAUUUUUUUUAAUACGCAAGGGGCGUAUUUUUUUCAUUAAGAGAAAUAAAAGUUAUUUAUAAGGAUAAAAGGAAAACAAGCAGGGACCGAUAAAGGACAUUAUGAAAAACUAGAGGAAUAUCUCGUGCUAAAUUUGGCUACCACGACCUCGUAAAGACGAAACAGCGGGGAUCCCUUAAUAAGCCGACUUCCAAAGCAUGGUCUCCUUCGCCAUUGCUUUCGCCACUUCGGUCCAAGACCUUUGUUGAUUUAGAACGGUCUUGUUGAUUUAGCACUGUUUUAGCUUGAUUUAGCACUGUUUUAGCUUUGACAGUAGUAGUUUUAUUAACUAAAUGUUAAUGCUAAGAUGAGCAAAAGCAGCUCGUGGUAAACUGGUAAUGAUGAUUUUUUUAAAAAUAUUUGUAAUUUUUUAGGGAAAAAAAAACAAGUGACCAAAGCAAUAUUAGUAGUAUGAAUGAUGUAUCAGGACAAGUACUAUUCCGUCCAUAAAUAAUGGAUGUAAGAUAUGCAUCUAGAUAUGGUUGUCCAGAUACAUAUCCUGAACGGAAGGUAUUUAGAACAAACAAACAAAGGGAGUACUAUAUUAUAAAGUCAAACGAAGUGUUCCAGAAAUGGAAAAAAGGAAUUAAAAGAAUGCAAUCAACAAACUGUCAUCAUCUCCAAAUUUGCUUCAAAGACCAUCUAUACUCUCCAUAUAAUACGGACAGCCAUUGGUACUAAGAUAUAGCACUACCACUCUCACAAACCAAUCAAGAAACACAAUACGUCCCAUGACGAUCAUGAUGAGCCUGAGGCUUGAAUUAUCCCUCGUCCUCAUCCUGACGCCGAUCGUUGCAGCCGUCGCUGGUGGUGGCAGCAGCAGCAGCAGCGAUGAGGCCACGUUGCUUGCCUUCAAGGCAGCGUUCAGGGGGAGCAGCUCAAGUGCGCUCGCCUCCUGGAACAGCAGCACCAGUUUCUGCAGCUGGGAGGGCGUCACGUGCGACCGUCGGACGCCGGCGCGGGUGGCGGCGCUGACGCUGCCCUCCGGCAAUCUCGCCGGCGGGCUCCCUCCGGUCAUCGGGAACCUCAGCUUCUUGCAGAGCCUAAACUUGAGCUCAAACGAGCUGUAUGGAGAAAUUCCCCCGAGCCUUGGCCGCCUCCGGCGUCUAGAGAUCCUGGACAUUGGAGGCAACUCGUUUUCCGGUGAGCUCCCUGCCAAUCUGAGUUCCUGCAUCAGCAUGAAGAAUCUGGGCCUCGCCUUUAACCAGCUUGGCGGCCGCAUCCCGGUGGAGCUGGGCAACACAUUGACACAACUCCAGAAGCUGCAGCUGCAAAACAACAGCUUCACUGGGCCAAUUCCGGCAUCGCUAGCGAACCUGUCAUUGCUUCAGUAUCUGUACAUGGACAACAACAACCUGGAGGGCCUGAUCCCGCUGGACCUCGGCAAAGCUGCAGCUCUACGUGAAUUUAGUUUUCAGCAGAACAGUCUCUCCGGCAUAUUUCCGUCCUCUCUGUGGAACCUGUCAACACUGACGGUGCUUGCAGCAAAUGACAACAUGCUACAAGGAAGCAUUCCUGCCAACAUCGGUGACAAGUUCCCUGGCAUACAAUACUUUGGAUUGGCGGAUAACCAAUUCAGUGGAGUAAUACCUUCUUCUCUCUUCAAUCUUUCAUCACUCACAAUUGUGCUCCUUUAUGGUAAUAGAUUCAGUGGAUUUGUGCCUCCUACUGUGGGAAGGUUGAAAUCUCUUCGGCGAUUAUACUUGUAUGGCAACCGACUUGAGGCAAAUAACAGGAAGGGUUGGGAAUUUAUCACUUCACUAACCAACUGCAGUCAGCUGCAACAGCUUGUUAUCUCAGACAACUCUUUCAGCGGGCAACUUCCAAACUCUGUUGUCAACUUGUCGACCACACUCCAUAAGCUCUACUUAGAUAAUAAUAGCAUCUCUGGGAGCAUACCUGAGGACAUUGGCAAUUUGAUUGGCUUGGACACGCUGGAUCUGGGGUUCACUUCCUUAUCUGGAGUGAUUCCAGCGAGCAUCGGGAAGCUAUCAAAUUUGGUUGAAGUUGCCCUGUACAACACCAGCUUGUCAGGCCUCAUACCAUCAUCAAUUGGAAAUCUUACAAAUUUGAAUAGGCUCUACGCAUACUACACCAAUUUGGAAGGGCCAAUCCCUGCAAGCCUUGGGAAGCUAAAAACGUUAUUUGUUCUGGACUUAUCGACCAACCGUCUUAAUGGGUCAAUCCCAAAGGAAAUCUUGGAGCUUCCUUCACUCUCUUGGUACUUGGACUUGUCAUACAAUUCUCUCUCUGGACCCCUUCCAAUAGAAGUUGCUACCUUGGCUAACCUAAACCAGUUGAUACUGUCGGGAAACCAGUUGUCUGGUCAAAUACCUGACAGUAUAGGAAAUUGUCAGGUGCUGGAAUCGCUACUGCUAGAUAAAAACUCAUUUGAAGGCGGCAUACCUCAAUCUUUGACCAACCUGAAAGGGCUCAACAUCCUGAACCUAACCAUGAAUAAGUUAUCUGGUAGGAUCCCCGAUACCAUUGGUAGGAUUGGCAAUCUGCAACAACUAUUUCUAGCACAGAACAAUUUUUCAGGACCCAUCCCAGCAACUCUGCAAAAUUUGACAAUGUUGUGGAAAUUAGAUGUGUCAUUCAAUAAUUUGCAAGGAGAAGUACCAGAUGAGGGAGUUUUCAAGAACCUUACGUACGCAUCGGUUGCAGGGAACGACAACUUGUGUGGUGGAAUACCUCAGCUUCACUUGGCUCCAUGUCCCAUUAUUGAUGCAAGCAAAAACAACAAACGGUGGCAUAAGUCUCUUAAAAUCGCCCUGCCAAUAACAGGAUCAAUCUUGCUGUUAGUUUCAGCUACUGUUCUAAUUCAGUUCUGCAGGAAGCUUAAACGGAGACAAAAUAGUCGAGCAACAAUCCCAGGUACUGAUGAACACUAUCAUAGAGUUUCAUAUUAUGCAUUAGCCAGAGGAAGUAAUGAAUUUUCAGAAGCUAAUUUGCUUGGCAAAGGAAGUUAUGGUUCCGUCUAUAGAUGUACUUUAGAAGAUGAAGGUGCAAUUGUGGCUGUAAAAGUGUUCAACCUUCGACAAUCAGGAUCUGCCAAGAGUUUUGAGGUUGAAUGUGAGGCUUUGAGAAGAGUACGACAUCGUUGUCUUAUAAAGAUCAUCACCUGUUGCUCAAGUAUCAAUCCACAGGGUCACGAGUUCAAGGCAUUAGUUUUUGAGUACAUGCCCAAUGGAAGCUUAGAUGGUUGGCUUCAUCCCGUGUCAGGCAAUCCCACUUCUAGCAACACACUGAGCCUUUCGCAGAGACUCGGCAUUGCAGUUGAUAUCUUGGAUGCACUGGAUUAUCUUCACAACCAUUGUCAGCCACCGAUCAUCCAUUGCGACCUGAAACCAAGUAAUAUUCUUCUUGCAGAAGACAUGAGCGCUAAGGUUGGAGAUUUCGGCAUAUCAAGAAUCCUCCCUGAAAGUAUAGUUAAAGCACUGCAACAUUCAGACAGCAUAGUUGGAAUCAGAGGUUCCAUUGGUUAUAUUCCACCAGAGUACGGAGAAGGUUCUGCAGUCUCCAGACUAGGUGAUAUUUACAGCUUAGGCAUAUUAUUGCUUGAGAUAUUUACCGGAAGGAGCCCUACUGAUGACAUGUUCAAGGAUUCGGUGGAUCUGCACAAAUUUGCAUCAGCAGCAUUUCCUGGCCGAGUCCUAGAUAUAGCUGAUCGAACAAUCUGGCUACAUGAAGAAGCAAAAAAUAAAGAUAUAACAGAUGCAAGCAUAACACGAAGUAUUGUUCAAGACUGCUUGGUUUCUGUCCUUAGACUUGGCAUAUCCUGCUCAAAGCAACAAGCCAAAGAUCGAAUGUUGUUAGCAGAUGCUGUGUCAAAGAUGCAUGCAAUCAGAGAUGAAUAUCUUCUGUCUCAGGUGGUUAAGAAAUGAACAGUAAAGUACUUGAGCUAAAUGUUGGGUGAGGACGUGAGGUCCACAUGUAGAGUUGAUGAUUGCAUUGGGAAAUAAUCAGAGGUACACAAGGUGUUAUAGCAUUAUAUUAAGCUUAGAUGCAUGUCAGUGUAAGAGAUGCAUACAGAAUGCAAUAAUGUUGAUUGCACGAUGUAGAAGUACGAGAGUUUUGGCUUCUUACACAAUGUGAGUAAGAUUUCAUUGCCAAUUCCUACA